GCUGGGCUGUGUGUGCAGAGGGAUUGACACGGGGAGUUGCCUGGGGUCAGACAUUCCCGCCCCCCCCCACGGUCAGUGUGUGGCUGGGUUUUCCCUCGGGGGUUGAGGCGGGGGUAUCUGCCCCCCGCCCUCGCCUCGGAACCCAGGCGUCCGGGGCCGGAUUGGAGCGCGGCGUUUCCACCCGGUCGCCUUUUGCAGCGACACCGGCUCCUGCUGCGGGUGGAGGGGCGGACGGACAGAGACAGACGGGACCCCCCCCUCGCCCCCCCCCCCACGGCGGGGACCCGGGGCCGUCACAGGGCGCCAGAGCCCGCAGGGGGCGGCACAUGGCCCCGGGGCGCAGGGGGGCGCCGGGCGCGUAGAGCCUGGACCGGUGCCGCCCCCCCCAGCCUGGACCGGACCGGACCGGACCGGUGCCGCCCCCCAAUCUGGACCGGACCGGUGCCGCGCCCCCAGUCUGGACCGGACCGGUGCCGCACUCCCAGCUGGGUCCGGAUCGCUAUCGCCUCCCCGCCCCAGCCUGGACCGGACCGGUACCACCACAUCCAGCCGGGUUUGGACCGGUGCCGCCCCCCAUUUGGAACCAGGACAGAGCUGCUGGAUCCCUCCCCGGGCCUGGUUCGGAGCCGGCCCCAGCGCUGCCCCCUGUCCCCGCAGGAUGAGCUGAGGGCACCGUGCUCGGCGCUGGCCAGGCCGGCCGUGUGGGCACCAGAGCCGCGAUGAGCCCGGAGACGGGACGCUGGGCACAGGUGCCUGGAAAGACGCUCUGAGCCGUUCCCGCCAGCCGGGGGGUGCUGCCCGCCCCAUGGAUCUCCACCCCUUCGGCUCGCGGCCCCCCAGGGACGGAGCCGCCGACCUCCGGCACCAGCCCCCAGCCCGGGAGGAGCCGUCCGGGCGGCGGCUCAAGCUGGAGGAGGACGAGGAGGCAGGCCGGCCCCGGGCCCCCCGGGCCCCGCCCUGGCCCCCCGGGGAGGCCGGGCCGGAGCCGGGCGAGGCUGCGCGCUACGGCCGCUACCUGCUGAUUGACAGCCAGGGGCUGCCCUACACGGUGCUGGUGGAGGAGGCGGGCGCGGCGGGCGAGCGGGCGGGGCUGCGCAAGGUGUACUGCUGCCCGGUGUGCUCGCGGACCUUCGAGUACCUCUCCUACCUGCAGCGCCACAGCAUCACCCACUCGGAGCACAAGCCCCACGUCUGCCGGGCCUGCGGCAAGGCCUUCAAGCGCACGUCCCACCUGGAGCGGCACAAGUACACCCAUGCCGGGCGCAAGCCCCACCAGUGCCCCAUCUGCCAGCGCAGCUUCCGCGACGCCGGCGAGCUGGCCCACCACCAGCGGGUGCACACGGGCGAGCGCCCCUUCCAGUGCGAGGACUGCCACAUGCGCUUCGGCGAGCGCAACACGCUGCAGCGGCACAUCCGCCGCAAGCACCGGCAGCCGCCGCCCACGCCCUGACGGGCACGGGGAGCCCCGCGGCCGGGCCACCGCCGCCCUGACGGGCACGGGGAGCCCCGCGGCCGGGCCGCCGCCGCCCUGACGGGCACGGGGAGCCCCGCGGCCGGGCCGCCGCCGCCCUGACGGGCACGGGGAGCCCCGCGGCCGGGCCGCCGCCGCCCUGACGGGCACGGGGAGCCCCGCGGCCGGGCCGCCGCCGCCCUGAGGGGCACGGGGAGCCUUACCACCGGGCGAGCCCCGCAGCCGGGUCGGCGCCGCCCUGACGGGCACGGGGAGCCCCGCGGCCGGGCCGGCGCCACCCUGACAGGCACGGGGAGCCCUGCGGCCGGACCGGCGCUGCCCUGACGGGCACGGGGAGCACUGGAGCCAGACUGGCAACUCCCCAUGGCUUAGCCACACAGCAGCCGUUGUACCCACAUGGCUCCCUGACUCUGGGGGCAUGGUGGUCCCUACUGUACCCCCACACCCUGUCUAGGGGAGGGGGUGUGCCCUGUACCCCUAUGGGCAGCCCCCCUGUACCCCAGCCCAAGGCAUUGGCCUCCCCACAGAUGCCCCCCAUGGUGUUCCAAGACAGAGGGUGCCCCUCGCAGAUAGGGCAGGGCAGGCUGGACUGGGCCAAUCCGAGCCCAUGUGGGUCCUGGAGCACUUGGGUAAAUACUGGGCUUAUGGGUGGUAAUUCACUAGAGGGCAGGGAAUGGGGCACGGGGCCUUUCCCCUCAAGGGGGCGCCAACUCCCAUCCGGCCCCAGGACAGGGACUGGCUGACUCAGAGGAGCAGGGAAUGGGGGCACGGGGCCUUUCGCCUCUAGGGCACAGAUAGCUCAGUCCUACAGCCAGUGGUUGGGGGGGAGGAGGAGGGUUGUCCUGGCCACCCCCAUAGAGGGUCGUGGUGAUAGUACAUUCCCUAGAAAUAGGUUCAUAUUGCUCCUGAUGGCCCAUCUACCCUGGUAUCCGGCCUGCUUCUGCUCCCUGGAGCAGCCCCACUGGCCUAUCUAACCUGGUAUCCUGCCCCCAGAUCAGUCCCAGAGGCCCAUCUGCCCCGGUAUCCCACCUCAAACAGUGGCCAACAGCCGGGGGCCAUCACGGAAGGCCCACCAUGCACUGGGACCAGUCUUCACAUAGUGUUUUUCGGUCUGGCGCCCCUAAAUGGCUGCAGGUGGAGGCAGGGGAGCUGGACCCCCUCCCCAGGACUCCCACCCUCCUGAUGGUCCCGGAGAAGGAAAUCCAAGGACAGACCUGGACCCACGGGCCGCCCAGCCCAGAUCACUCCAAGGUGACCGGCCUGGCCAGCUGCUCCCCCUCCACAGCUCCGAUUUACGGUGGAAUCUUCGUUCUCUUGGUUUUUUAAUUAUUAUUAUUAAUUAAAACACUUUUUUGUUGUUG